GAAGGACUCACGGCUCUAUUUCAUUCUAAUCACGUCACCACGUAUAAAUAAAGCCUUCCUCCUUAAUAAAUAAUUCCUCUUAUAACUUUCGUCUAGCCCUCAAGGUUAAUAUCUGAAGUUGUUAUUAUGAAAUGUACGAAAUAGUAUAGACAAGAAACGGUGCGGACGCUUCUUAGUAAAACUUUGGGUGAAGAAAAUUAUGGGUGAAAAGUUGUAAAUACUUUGUUUUACCUAUAAAACUGAUAAGAUAUUUUGGAAUAAACUCGUACAUUAUUUAAGUUUUAUUGUAAACUAGAAACCAAGUUACUUUGUGACUGUGAAUGUGACUUGCUCAAGUCAUCUCCGGUAUUUAUCGUCAUGACGAGGCAAAUCCAUCUACUGCUUACUCUCUUUGUCCUCAAUUUUGUUCCAGAGAAAAUCCUGGGCUUAUCCUUGACAUCGGUGCGCAUAGAACGACACACGCUGGUUGGAAACUCAUCUAUCCUUGAGUGUUAUUACGACCUUCAGGGGGAACCUCUCUACUCCGUCAAGUGGUACAAGGAUGGGAACGAGUUUUUCCGUUUCCUCCCCAAGGACAAUCCGCCAAAGCAAGUUUUUCCACUCAAUGGCGUCGAAGUAGAUGUGGAUAGCUCAAACGCCACUCAGGUUCGCCUGAUCAGACUGUCGCUAUCCAGCACAGGUAGAUAUCGCUGUGAGGUAUCUGCCGAGGCUCCUUCCUUCCAGACAGUGUCUGACCAUGGCGAUAUGAUGACAGUGGCGAUACCAAGAGAAGGACCCCGUAUCAGUGGAGGAAGGGCGCGUUAUCAGCUUGGAGAUACUGUCAGAGUCAACUGCACCUCUGGGCCUUCCAAACCAGUGGCUCAACUCACAUGGUACAUCAAUGGUGAACAGGCCAACCAAUCAUACGUGUUCGGUCCCAUCCGACGGCCGAACAAAGGGUACGAGACGGCUACGCUGGGCCUGGAGUUCCGGGUGGAGCAACGCCACUUCAAGCGUGGAGACCUGAAGCUCAAGUGUCUUGCCACCAUCGCCACUGUGUACUGGCGCACCAAUGAAGAGAGCGUGGAAGGCGACAAGCCACACAAGUCGCCCGCUCUCGAGAUGAAAGACACGGACAAGUCUGUAGCUGAUAGAGUACACGCCUCUACCGGAUGUUCGACGUACCCGGGGAACGUCGUGUGCCUCAUCCUGGUGCGAACAUUGGUGACAUUCGCCGUCACCUCCAGCAGAUAACCAGAUCACCCAAUUCUCUUCUAAAGACUUCUACCAACAACUUCCCUUCUCAUUUAUAUGGGUUAUUUUGUAUCUACAUUCUGUAGUUGAUAUACCUAUUUGGCUUAGUGAAGUGUACAUAUAUUGAACAUCGCAUUUAAAGUAUUAUUUAUACUGAAGCAAGUGAUUGUUGAUAUAAUUUUAUCUUUUAAAUAUUAAAUAUAACUAUAAUAAUUAGGAUUUUUCAUGUACCGAAGAUACUUAUGCUUCCUGAGUGUGACUGCGAUAGAAAUUCCAAAGAUUUAAGUUCAGAUUAUUGUUCUGAAUGAAAUGUACAUAGUUUUAAAUGCAUUGCAAGUAAUAGAAAAUUUAACCAGACAUCAUAAUGCUCAUAAGCUCUCCCCUAAGCUUGGCCUUUCAGUUAGUAUGAUACGAGUAUAUUUGAAUUAAAAACGUCAACUUGCCAUAUUUAUGAUAUAUUUGUUGGUUGAAACGCAAUAAAGUUUCGUACUGAUGUAAAACCUAAAAAUAAUUCUUACACUAUUGGUUCAUUUUAACUUUGUACAUACUUGUAGGUUGUGAUUCUUAAUGUUGGUGUUUAGAUAAGAAUAAUGAAAAUAUGUAAAUCUAUUAUGAAAGAAAUUAAUGAAAGUGGAAAACAGCUUAACUUUAUACUUAGGCCUAUACAUAUCAUUCUCAUAAUUUAAGUUUGAUUUUGAAAAAAAGUUUUAAGAAUAACAUUUGCUACCCCCUGUAAAUACGUAGUCUGGUCUACAAUGCUAUUAAUUGUAUCUAUGUAAAACUACUGAUUAAACAUAUUUUAUUAAUGUA